CUACUGUCAGCGGCUGACAUAGCCGAUGGAUUCUGUCAUAAAGUAUUACUGUUAUACUAAUGCAUCGCAGGAGUCGCUUACCUGGGAUAUUACAAGCAAUACAAAUGGAACCCCACCUAUUAGUCCUGAUCCCUGGAUUUACGCACAUCCACAACGAGAUUAUUCGAAUGAAAGAAGUGCUGAAAGAAUUACAGGUCUUGAGACUAUGACUCGAUUAAAUAUACCUUUUAAGAGUAAAAUCACAAAUACACGAAGAAAAGAUUCUCCACAACGUAAUUGGCAAUCAAAUGACAAAAUUGUAUUCCCUGAUGAGGGAACAGUCAGCAGACGUGUGCCUGUUUGCAAAGGUUCUACUUAUUGCGAAACAGUUGAAUCUUAUCCCGAAGAUGUAGUGAACAGAGCACUUCAAAAAAAUGAUAGUAUUAGAUACCUGGCUGGUAUAGAUGUAGUUGAUAUAGGAGAAAGGAUCGAAACGGACGACACAAUACCUCUCUGCAUAUCUACUGAGCAAGUAAUAUAUCCUCAAUCGGGGGAGAACAAGAACAAGGAAUGGAAAUUUAUCGCGAAUCAAGAAAAUUUCAAACAGGGUGUACGGGUUGAGAAGUGUAGAACUGAGGGUGCCAGCUGCAGCGUGAUAGGCGAAAUUGCUGCAGGUUACAAAACAGUUUGUAAACAAAAAUACAUUUAUAGAGAAUUGGCAUCCGUAUUGGAAGACGGUAGCAUUGUUCCGGAUAGUUUUCGAUUUCCAUCGAGUUGUUGCUGUCAUGCAGUCUUUACCGGAAAUCCGUUUACAAGGAUGGGUGUAGGAAUUCCAUUUACAUCUACGAAAAGACCUAUUGGAAAUAAAUAAAUGUCUGAAUCGACAUUAUAAACUGAAAUACAGCAUU